AUGUCCUUUUAUGACUUGGCAGUCAGAGACAUUCUAGGCAUUUACUCCCAGUUCAAGUAUUCCGUCCCUCUUUCUCAAUGGACUGUUCUCGCCUCUUUUUUCUUGUAUGACUGUGAUACUGUGUCCAUUAAACCCAUCACAAUCUCCACCGGCACGAAAUGUUUACCAUCUUCUCUAUUGCCUUCACAAGGAGACGCUCUACACGACAGUCAUGCCGAGGUCCUGGCACGACGUGCUGCUAUUCGUUGGCUCGAGGAGGAGAUUGGGAGGACGUCGGAUGGGUCAUAUUCAAGCCCGUGGAUAUCGAAAACUAAAGAAGGAAAAUACUCGCUUUCAAAGGGCGUGCAACUAGGUCUUUAUGUCUCGACAGUGCCCUGCGGCGAUGCUUCCAUCCAGUUCUUAGCCGCCUUCCAAGAUGAAGAAAUGGCUGCGUUGAAGAACUCUGUUGUGCGUACUCAAACUGAUCCCAAAAGUCCUUCAAGGGGUCGGGACAAUUACUCUUUGUAUGGGGUACUCAGGACAAAGCCCGGUCGUGCCGACUGCCCGCCAACUACCUCAAUGUCGUGUAGUGAUAAAAUCGCAGCGUGGUCCGUCUUGGGUAUACAAGGCGCCAUCGCGUCGCGACUCUUACUCCCUGUCUAUGUCUCUGCAAUCGUGAUCGGAGAUGUUUCACCAGAACUUCAGCCGGUUGUCCACCGAGACUGCGAACGUUCAUUUUCGAGCCGCCUUCGGGGGAUUAAUGCGCUGCCAGAGCAUUACGCUCUUCAUGCUCCAUCUAUUCACUUCACUUCCAUUUCAUUUGCGUACUCUCGAACUGAGGUAUGCAAUAACGGUUUACGUGCCAAAGGAUCAUGCAAUGAGUGUCAGAAAGUCCUCAAACGCGGAUAAAAUAAUCCGUUCUUACUUUUUCUUUUUCUGAAGCUGUCUGCUGGUGGGCGGACUCCACGAAUAACCUUGAAGUACUUAUCAACGGCUUCAAACGUGGCGUUUCUCCCAAGCAUCGUCACCGCGAGAAAGCAAGACCUCAGCUUUCCAAGAUCGCUCUCUUCAACUUAUAUCUAGAUACGGGGUGCCGUAUACAACCGCCUACACGAUCGGGAUUGGAAAGCUAUCUCACGACCAAGCAGUUUUCAUUUGAAUACCAGUCCGCAAAAGCCGCACUAAUGGGUGUCACUGGACCAUUUUCAGGAUGGGUCAAGAGCGGUACCGACAGAGAACGUUUCGACAGAAAUGGUCAAAGGAAGGAGAAUGACGCGUCGGAUUACUUUCGCUACGCGACAUACAACAUUUGAGGUCUCAAGCGAUUGUGAAAGUCUGACUCCAUUGGGGCAUUUCGGAAGGGUUCGUAUCCUAAGUCCGACGAUCCAUAAUCAUGGCUCGCGUUUUUGGCGGAUGCCCAUCGCGCGCGAAAGACCUCAAGCGAUAUCGCUAUCCCAAGCCACCCUCAUAUUCUAGAAAUCCAGCUUGGCAUUUCUCUUAAAACUGGUGUGAUGCAGACGUACCUACAUAAAGUUGUUCAUUUCACAUAUUAAACUUGGGCACAUAGAUGAUAGUAUACCAGCGUCAUGAUACUAACUCGACUGUACUAUCUCUGCCUGUAUCACGAUGAUAAAGGCACG